CUCAAUUGUCAUUUCUUGGCCGUGUGUCUCAGCUUCUCAAAUGUCUAAAACUUCUUUCCAUUUUCUUUCGUUCUCUGGCCCCCCUUCAGGCUCAUCCAUCUUCAUGGCUUCCAGUAGCCUAGGGACAUUGAAUGCUAAAAUCACAAACUUGAAUUUCGGUAGAGCAAGAGUUGGGGUUGUAAAGUCAUAUGGCGUAAGAAGUUGGACGGGGAGAAAACCACAAUUGUACUCAUGUUUAUCGAUAUCAAGACAGCCAGAGAAAGUAUUACAUGUGCGCAGCAUUCCAUCACUAGAAACCCUGUCUGCUACAAGUUUAGAAGAGGUUCCUGAAGAGAGUGGAGAUUCUGGUCCGACAAACCAGCUCCUUCAAAAUUUUGACAAGAUACAAUCUUUGCUCACAGCAAUAUGUGAUACAACUACAGUUGCAGAGGUCAAAGUAAAAAUCGGUGGAUUUCGGUUAAAUGUGGUGAGGCAGCUGACUGAAAAAAUUAGCACACCACCUCCCCCAAGUCCUGUUCCUGUUAGUGCUAGUGAAAAUGCUAAAGCACUUGAUUCGAAUGGCACUGUUCCUACACAAUCUGUAGCUAUCACUAGACAAGAAUCGUCUUCGAGGAGUAUCCAGACUUUGCUAAAUAGAGCGGCAGAUGAUGGCUUGGUGUUAAUUCGUUCUCCACGAGUGGGGUUGUUUAGGAGAUCUCGAACCAUAAAGGGGAAGCGUGCUCCACCAUCAUGUAAAGAGAAGCAAACCGUGAAGGAGGGACAAGUGAUUUGCUACAUAGAACAGCUUGGUGGGGAGCUCCCGAUUGAGUCUGAUGUAGCUGGGGAGGUUAUCAGGAUACUUCGAGAAGAUGGCGAUCCCGUCGGAUAUGGUGAUGCUCUUGUUGCAGUUCUCCCCUCAUUUCCCGGGAUUAAGAGACUUCAAUAGACGAUCGAUUGAAUACUAGUGUACUGAAAAAUAAAGUACAUUUGUUCUAAUUUUCUUUUAUUUGUCUCCUUUCUACCAUCAAUUUUACAGUAAAUCUUUCUUAACUUAUUACACAAACUGCACAUGAAGCGCAGCGUUACUUGUUGCCAUCAAAUUCGAUAUGUUUUGCCUGUAACAUAGUUUUUUGACUCA